GCUGCCUGGACCGAGAUUUCUUCGUCCCUCCCAAGUUCAGGGUUUUUGGAGCAGCAGCAGACAGAGGCGAGCAAGGCGGCGGCAGAAGGCCACUUUCCUCCUCCUUCCCCUCUCCUCUUGUCAUAACUCUCCUCCUCCUCCACCUCUCAUUAACCAAUCAAUGGCUGGCUCUACAGCGACCGAAUUAUCUUUGUCUUCCCGGAUGAUCGGCCGGGAGACUGUGGGGAAGGCGGUGGACGCCCUCCUCAAGUGGAUGCGGGCGCAGGCGAGGCGGGUGGAAGCCCUCCUUGACCCAGACGACGACCUCCUCUACAUCGUGCUCACCCUCAAGCGCAUCCCUCCCAAGUCCCGCAUCAAACCCUACCGCAUCCCCCUCCCCUACCCCCUCCACGAGCUCGCCUCCACCUCCGCCUGCCUCUUCCUUGACAACCGCGAUCGCUGCGGCCGCCGUCGUUCCUCCGCUUCGCUCAUCACGGCCGCCGCCGCCCUCGACCGCGCCCGCUCCCUCUCCCUCCCCCUCGCCGACGCCAUCCCCCUUUCCGCCCUCGCCACCGACUACCGCCCUUUCGAGGCCCGCCGCCGCCUCUUGGACUCCCACGACCUCUUCUUCGCCGACCGCGCCCUCCUCCCCCGCCUCCUCGGCGAGCACUUCUUCAAGAAGAAGAAGUUCCCCCUCCCCCUUGAACUCUCCCGCUCCGGCUGGUCCGAGCAGCUCCGUGCCUGCCUCCGCUCCACCCUCCUCCACCUCCGCGCCGGCUCCUGCAGCGUCCUCAAGGUCGGCCGCCUCUCCAUGUCCUGCGAUCAGAUCGUCGACAACGUCAUGGCCGCCAUUGAGGGGGCCAUGGCGCAUGUGCCCAAGAAGUGGGCCAACGUGCGCUCGCUUCAUGUCAGGGCGGUCAACUCCGUCGCCCUCCCCAUCUACCAGGCGGUACCCGAGCUGGGCCUGAAGAUCGAGGUGCCUGCGCGCAUGCAUCAGAAGAAGGAUGAGAUGGAGGAAGAUGCUGAAGAGUCCAUCGGAGAAGGAGAGGUUGUUCAGGAAGAAGAGAAGCCAAACUUGAAGGAGAAGAUGCGAAGGAAGGGAAGGAGGAUCCACGAACUGCCAUACACGGAUGCAGACAAUGAUCUUGACCUUGGGUAUGAAGAAUUUUUAAAUGGCGAGAGCGAGGACGAGGGCAUCCUGGAAGAAGAGAGAGGGGAGGCAAGGAUGGAGGAGACGAUGAAUAAGGGGAAGACACAGAAGAAUAAGACAAAGGAGGGUGUGGAGGUCAGAGAUGGAAUUCAGAAGAAGAAGGGGAAGAGAGAAGAUAAUAAUAAGAAUGACAAGGAGGAAGAGGACAAUGGAAAUGGAAAUGGUGAGUCAAUGGUGGCUGUGGCAAAGAAGGAGCUAAAGAAGGAUGGAAAGGUGAAGAAGGAAAAGCAUAUGGAAGGCAGGAAUGUUAGUAGUGCUGUUGAUUCAGUUCUAGAUAGAAAUUGUAAUGCUGGUAAAGAUGGUGAUGUUGAUAUUCUUUCUGGAGAAGAUGAAGAGGAGAAAGGGGGUGCAGGAAAGAAGAUGAAGAAGUCAAAGAAAGAUGAUAAGAUGAAAAAGGAGAAGGGUAAGAGAAGCAAGAAUGAUGGUUGUGAAGAUGAUCGUGGGCACAAGGAUGGUGGUGCAGAAGAAAGUUAUAGUGGAAAGACUAUAGAGAAGAAGGUGAUGAGGGUGAUCAAGGAGAAUGCAAAGGUGAAAAAGGGAAAGGAUGGAGACAGACAAGAAAAAAGCAUGACAAACAGACUGGAAGACAAGGAGGUGAAGAAGAUCAAGAGGAGUAAGUUGAGACAUGAAACUGAUUGAUGGAUUUUUGAAGGAGCUAGAUAUCUAUUUUCUUUUGAUCUCAACUGGCGAUCUUAGACUUGUUACUAAUCAAGAUUGGCUGUGUAUUCAUAGCCUAUUCCUCAGGUUUUGGUAUAUCCUAUCCAAUUUAGAUAUUAAAUUUCAGUUGCGGAAUUUUUUUCCCCACUGAAGAAAGAAGCCAUCUAUUACAUUUUUUCAAUCAUUUAUCUUAUAUAGUUAGUUGAGAUAAAUUAUGAAAACAGUUGGCAGCUACUGGUGCUUAUUUGAUGAUGGUUAGUGGGCACUAAUUAUGUAUGUCUUCAACUACUUUUGUAAUGUUAUUUGAGAGUGGGUUCUCAUGUU